AUGGGCAAACCAACCUUUGUAUUCUCUCUGGGUGCUUGGGUAGUCCCAAGCGUCUUCGAUGCUACCAGAUCCCAUCUGGAGUCUCUCGGUUUCUCCACAGCGUGCCCCGCUCAUCCCUCUAUUGGUGCUGAACCACCUUCCAUGACACUCGAGGAUGAUGUUCAAUCGUUGCGAGGCGUAUUGACUGCAUAUGUGGAUGAAGGGCGAGAUGUGAUCGUUGUCGCUCAUUCCUACGGCGGUGUGGUUGCUUCUUCAGCCGUUGAAGGGCUUACAAAGACUGCUCGGACAGCAGAUGAAUCGAGCGGUGUCACUAAAGUGAUAUAUCUUGCAGCAUUUGCUUUGGAUAAGGGGCAGAGCUUGUUAGGAAUACUAGGGGGAAACUAUUUGCCGUGGAUGAAGGUUGAGGGAGACUAUGUCCACGCUGAUGGUGCAGGUGAUGUUGGCUGGCAGGAUAUUCCUCUUGAGAGCCAAGAGAAAUGGAACUCCCUGGCACUCCACACAUCUCGUGAGGUAUUCUCUGGCGAGUCGACCUUUGAGCCUUGGAGAGAAAUCCCUUGUGCAUACAUUUUGUGCGAGAAUGAUCGUGCUCUCCCUCCCCCCUUCCAAGAAUUGUUCGCUUUAAAAGUCGGAGGCCCGGAGAACACAUAUCGACUUCCGAGUUCCCACUCGCCAUUUUUGAGUAUGCCCGGUCGUCUAGCAGAGACACUGACAAAGGCCGCAGUUUGA